AUGUUCAAGAUAGACCAGAAAAGUACAGGCCGUGAAACAGGCUGCUUGUUUGAAGGUGACGUGGAAAGCAGUAGGGUUGAUACUGCCUUGAAGGGUAAGACUUGCCCGAUUUGUCUACCUGUGGGAAGAGCCUGUAAGAUAAAUGGCGUGUCAGAGACCCACACUUCACUAGCUGUAUUUCAUUUUCUCCAAGCAGGGGUGCGCCAGCUUGAAAUCAUGUGCUGCUUUGGCUGCAUGUCUGUGCUUGCCAACUACUUCGUGUUCAUGACGUUCUUCCCAGCUUGUGUGUCCCUGGUCCUAGAGCUUUCUCGGGAAAGCCGCGAAGGUCGGCCAAUUUGGCAGCUCAGCCACUUUGCCCGAGUUUUGGAAGAAGAGGAGAAUAAACCAAACCCUGUAACCCAAAGGGUCAAGAUGAUUAUGGUAAUGGCAUUUUUCUUUUCCAGUAUCCAUUCAAUGUUUCUUAUGCUUUGGGUAUUUGAGGCCUUUUCCACUCUGCGCUGUGGGCUUUCAGCUUCUUUGGCUUUGUCUUGUGAGCUGCAGUUCUUGACUCUGCUGUCAUCUCCCUCCCAUUUCCCAUCUCUUCAGAAAGGUGCAAAGUUCCUUAGUGAUGCAGAGAUCAUCCAGCUGGUCAAUGCCAAGCACAUCCCGGCCUACAAAUUGGAAACUCUAAUGGAAACUCAUGAACGUGGUGUGUCUAUUCGUCGACAGCUCCUAUCCACAAAGCUUCCAGAGCCUUCUUCUCUGCAGUACCUGCCUUACAGAGAUUAUAAUUACUCCCUGGUGAUGGGAGCUUGCUGUGAGAAUGUAAUUGGCUAUAUGCCCAUCCCUGUCGGAGUGGCAGGGCCUCUCUGCCUGGAUGGGAAAGAGUACCAGGUUCCAAUGGCAACAACAGAAGGCUGUCUUGUGGCCAGCACCAACAGAGGCUGCAGAGCAAUAGGUCUUGGUGGAGGUGCCAGCAGCCGGGUCCUUGCAGAUGGGAUGACCCGAGGCCCAGUGGUGCGUCUUCCUCGUGCUUGUGACUCUGCAGAAGUGAAGGCCUGGCUCGAGACACCUGAAGGGUUCGCAGUGGUAAAGGAGGCCUUCGAUAGCACCAGCAGAUUUGCGCGUCUAGAGAAACUUCAUGUGACUAUGGCAGGACGCAACCUGUAUAUCCGCUUCCAGUCCAAGACAGGGGAUGCCAUGGGGAUGAACAUGAUUUCCAAGGGCACGGAGAAAGCACUUUUGAAGCUUCAGGAGUUCUUCCCUGAGAUGCAGAUCCUGGCAGUUAGUGGUAACUAUUGCACUGACAAGAAACCUGCUGCCAUAAACUGGAUCGAAGGAAGAGGAAAGACAGUUGUGUGUGAAGCUAUGCUAGGUGUUCAAGGAGCAUGCAAAGACAAUCCUGGAGAAAAUGCACGGCAGCUUGCCCGAAUUGUGUGUGGUACUGUGAUGGCUGGGGAGUUGUCCUUGAUGGCAGCAUUGGCAGCAGGACAUCUUGUCAGAAGUCACAUGGUUCACAACAGAUCGAAGAUAAAUUUACAAGAUCUGCAAGGAACAUGCACCAAGAAGGCAGCUUGAGCAGCCUGACAGUAUGGAACUAAAACGCGGGCAUUGGG